GCACAUAUGAGGAACUGAGAUUUCUUAUAAGCAAAAAGCUGUCAUACGCGAGACCUUGUACACUUCAAGCAGAAGAGGAUGCUGUGAUUGGCUGGAUCAGCAGUGAGACCACGGUCAUCUUCGUGAGUCACGCUUACAUACUGGAGGAAAGGGGAAGUGUCCAGGCAAAUUCACUUCAAGGAGAAUCAAAGGAGGCGCUGGGGACUAUUGUCUUCCAUGACACCUCCUUGACCUUAGAGCAGUAGCAAAAAGGGAAAAAUUAAUUCUCAGCUACCAUGGAGUUCACUGACAGCAGUGUCUAUGAGGACUACAACGAGACAGGGGAUGCUCCCCCGGAGGCAGGAUCGCUGUCCCUGGAUUCCAUGGGUCUCCCCUCUGGUCUCUCAGUAGCCCUCAUGGCCGUCAAUGUCGGCAUCUGCCUGCUGGGGCUCUGUGGAAACGGCCUGGUCAUUUGGAUAUCCGGGUUCAGGAUGAAGAGGACCGUCAACACCACCUGGUACCUCAGUCUGGCGGUGUCCGAUUUUAUUUACUGCUCCUUCCUUCCCUUCAACAUUGCCACCAUGGCCGACGUGGGCUGGCCCUUUGGGCUUCUCAUGUGUAAGCUCGCAUCUCUGGUUCUUCUCCUCAACAUGUUCAGCAGCAUCUUCCUUCUGGUCCUGGUCAGCGUUGACCGCUGCCUGACCGUGGCCUUCCCGGUCUGGUCCCUCAACCACCGUACCCCGAGGAAAGCUUCCAUCUCCGUCCUCGUAGCUUGGGCCGCCUCUGCUGCCCUGAGCAUACCGGCUCUGGCUUUCCGCCAGGUGAAAGCCAACGGGAGUGUCACGGUGUGUUACACCGAUUAUGGUGGCAGCCAAGGCAUCGUAGCCCUGAGCCGCUUUCUGUGCGGGUUCGUCGUGCCGUUUCUGGUCAUCGUCACCUGCUACUCCUUCAUAAUCAAGAAGCUCUGGAGCAAACGGGCAGCAAAGUCUUCCAAACCCUUCCGGGUCAUGUCGGCGCUCAUCCUGGCAUUUUUCCUCUGCUGGUUCCCCUACCACCUCUUUGUGCUCCUCCAGCUGGACCGUGGAAACUUCAGCUACAGGGUCAUCAAAACGGGCCUGAUGGUGGGAAGCACCAUAGCCUCCGCCAACAGCUUCCUCAACCCCAUUCUCUAUGUGCUUGUGGGACACGACUUCCGCAAGAAGCUCAAGAGCUCCCUCCUCCUGCAGAUGGAGGACGCGAUCAGAGAAGAGAGCCAGACUCAUAGCCGAACUCUUUCAAGGCAUACCUCGGUGCCAGAGGGCCAAGCUAGAGUCAUCCGAGACAGAUUGAGUUGAGAGUUAAGCUUGUGGCAUCCUUAUUUUUGUGGUAUUGCCACUGUUACAUGAAAUAUAUCAAGAUAUUAGGAUAACUACCUCAUGCUCCAUGGAAGUCAUUCUGCCAGCAAAGCUUGUUCUUCUUCCUCAGAGCAGCAGUUGUGAAGUCUUCUGAUUAUUAUCACUCGUCUUUAUUGCACUUUUUAAAAACGUUUUUAUUGAGUUUGCAAAGUAAUCAUUUACAAAAUCAUUGCGCUUGAAAGUCACAUGUCUUAUUGUGCUUCUGAGUGCAAUACGUGCAAAAGGGUAAGCAAAAAAACGCGAGCCACCGAAAUCCGUUCAUCAUUCUACAGGCAGGAUCCCUUCGCUUUAUCUUGCAUUUACCAAAAUAAAACUGGUCAGACGCUAUGUGUCUAUGUGAUUUCAGCAUUUGCUCACAGGCAAAAUUGUAGUAAAGAAGUUAUAUCAUUAAAAGAAAAAUGGAUAAAAAGA